AUGGCCAUCACUAAAUUUGGACUCCUCACGUUUCUCGCUGCGAGUGUCGCCCAAGUCAGCGGCGAUUCUAGCUUACAGCCUCCCGCUAAAAGUCCCGUACUCAACGACUUUACACCGCAAGGAUGCUUCAGUACUCUCCCAUCAAAGGCAAGCCUCGGUACGGAAAGCACUUUCAUGACGACCGGCCAAUGCUUCAACUACUGCCAAAAAGAGAAGAAUAGCGUUGCUAUCCUUCACGCGACCAAGUGCUACUGUUCCGACACCUAUCCGGCCAAAUCCUCGCUGGUGGACGACGACCAAUGCAACUUGAGCUGCCCGGGAUACCCUCGAGAGGCCUGUGGAGGCAUGAAGCCAGAUGCCUACAGCGUGUAUAACACAGGGCUCUAUUUGGGCCCAGAGUACGACACCGCUGAAGGCAAUAAUGACGACUCAUCCAGUACUGUUUCUGGCAGUACAACUCGGGAUGUAACAACGACUCAGGUUUCAAUCAGCACGACCACUUAUGCCACCUCAGAGACCGAAGCUGAGGAGACCAGCAUAUCUACAGCUCACUCUAAAGAGGCUUCACAAGUCGCACCCGUGGUUAAUGAAAACACUGCCGCCGCGACCCCCAGCGCAUCUGCCUCGACAGUCCCAGAAAACGCCUCGCCUCGGCUCUCCAACCCCAUUGGCAAUAUUGUCAGAAUGAUUGCUCGUCUACUCUAA